CUGCGAGGCCUCAGCCCAGGAAUCUUGGACCGGCUCUACAAUCACCCUGCCACUUGCCUGGCUGUCUUCCGUGGAUUUUCUUUUGGUGUAAUAACGGUGCGAGAAGUAAAGUAUUGCAUGGAUAGCUUUGGCUGUCCCACCUUACAGAUAGGAGACCUGGGUAUACCGGCAUUUGCUGCCAAGCACUGAACGAUCUUACUUCUGGGUAGGAAGCACUAUGGUAAAGACCAUCUAGUGUGUUGGGCAUUGUCCCUGUCUUCUUAUGUCUUCAGUGAGCUGCCAGGUUUGGCUAAGAACUAUGUCAUGCGGAUGCUCUUUCUGGAACAGCCCCUUCCUCAGGCAGCAGCGGCAUCAUGGGUAAAGAAGGAAUAUGCCAAGGAGCAGGAGGAAAGCUCGGAUGUCUUGCUAGGGCUGCGACUGUGGCACACGCAGCUGCUCCCAGGGGGCCUCCAAGGAAUCGUCUUGAAUCCCAUCUUCAAGGAGAACUUACGCAUUGCCCUGCUGGGUGGAGGUAAGGCCUGGUCUGAUGACACCAGCCAGUUGGGUCCGGAUAAACAUGCCCGGGACGUCCCAUCCCUAGAUAAAUAUGCUGAGGAGAGAUGGGAGGUGAUCCUGCACUUCAUGGUGGGCUCUCCGAGUGCGGCAGUGAGCCAAGACUUGGCUCAGCUGCUCAUUGAAGCUGGCCUGAUGAAGAGUAGUGAACCUGGAGAACCGCCCUGCAUCACAUCCUCCGGCUUCCAGUUCCUGCUGCUGGAUACCUCGUCUCAGCUCUGGUACUUCAUGCUGCAGUAUCUUCAGUCAGCUGAGACCCGGGGCAUGGACCUGGUGGAGAUUCUUUCCUUCCUCUUUCAGCUCAGCUUCUCCUCCCUUGGCAAGGAUUAUUCUGUGGAAGGAAUGAGUGAGUCCCUGCUGAAUUUCCUUCAACACCUUCGGGAAUUUGGCCUGGUUUUCCAGAGGAAGAGGAAAUCCAGGCGGUACUAUCCCACCCGCUUGGCCAUCAACCUUUCCUCCGGCAUCUCUGGCACCACCGUGGACACCCACAACCAGGGCUUUAUUGUUGUGGAGACGAACUACAGGAUCUAUGCGUACACAGAUUCUGAGCUGCAGAUUGCCCUCAUCGCGCUCUUUUCCGAGAUGCUCUAUCGUUUCCCCAACCUGGUGGUGGCUCAAGUCACCCGAGAGAGUGUGCAGCAGGCCAUUGCUAAUGGCAUCACAGCCGAUCAGAUCAUUCACUUCCUACGUACGAGAGCUCACUCUGUGAUGCUGAAACAGACCCCAGUGCUGCCCCCCACGAUAACAGACCAGAUCCGGCUGUGGGAGCUGGAACGGGACAGGCUGCGGUUCUCUGAGGGUGUCCUCUACAACCAGUUCCUCUCCCAGGUGGAUUUCGAGCUACUGCGGGACCACGCCAGGGAACUUGGGGUGCUGGUCUUCGAGAACCCCUCCAAGCGCCUCAUGGUGGUGACCCCUGCUGGCCACUCGGAUGUCAAGCGCUUCUGGAAGCGGCAGAAGCACAGUUCCUGAGAGGGCAGAGGCUGUGCGCAAAACCCUUUUUCUCACCCUUGAUACUGAAAGUGGGGCUGAUGCAGCUUAUUGUAGCUCUUUGCCCAACACUCUGGAUGGGUAGCUGAAAUAGGGAGCAAAAGAAGCCUUAAUAAGGGUUUGCCUGAUGACCCUCUUCAGCCAAGGAGGUGCAAAGAACUGCGGAAAGAAACCCACCGGACAGCCUGGUCUAAGCAGUGGAGGAAGCAGUUACUGCCUGCCAAAAAGUCUCUCCGGCAGGGAAGGCCCAUGACUGGACUCGUGUUAACACAGAAAAGGCUCCUAUUUUAUGCCCAAAAAGUGCUUUCAGAAACUAGGGAUGGAGGGAGGGCACAUCUGCAGCACUCUCAUUGUAGAUGUAUGUACUUGUGCCCAGUAAAUAGUUUGGAAUCAACUGGUGGUGUGACAUUGCUAAUCCAAAGCUGUUCUGUAGUCAGUCCUUUGGACAGGAAGACCACCGGAUCACAGUGUAUUGGAAAAUAGAAAUGUAAUUAAAUAUUUUUUUUCAAAAAAGAAA